AUGGUUACAACGGUAUACAGCUGGUCAUCAAGACAGGCCUAUCCAUAUCCCUCCUCGUACUCGACAAGUGCAUCAACCAGUACUCCUCGCAAAGCAGCAAAACGAUACACGAGCACAAUGGCGACGCAACCCCGUCACAGCGAGAAGGCGAGGAUGUUGGGGCAUCACACAAGGCUGAGCGAUGUCGUCAAGCUCUCCGCGCACGUCACCCGUAUUCUCGGCCAGAACCCAGGUCAGAUGACUCUCCAAGGAACCAAUUCCUACCUCCUGCAACCCCCUUCCUCCCCGUACGCCCCUCUCAUCCUUAUCGACACCUCCUCCCCUCACACCGCAUCCCAAUACGUCGACCUGGUCGUUACGCACCUGCACCACCUUGCGCUCGAGGCUGGUCUCCGCGAAGUCCACUUCGAAUCCGACUACGCCGUCGAGUCGCUCGGCCACUUACCAACCGAGGCGGACAUGGACGAGGCCAAGAUUCGGUUGCUCGCUGAGCGGGCUGCAAACCCCCGCGCGCACCCCGAGGAGCUGGGUGAUCAGGGACCCGAGGCGCGGUGGGUCUUCAAGCCCAACGAGUCCAAGAUGCCCGCUGUGGAACACAUCAUCCUGACGCAUCGUCACCUGGAUCACGUCGGUGCCCUCCCUGCGCUGCUCGAAGCGCUCGCAAAGCUCAGGAUGCCCCCUCCGCGCAUCUGGAAACUGCCCUCGCCGGACGAGCUCGAGCUCACCCUUUCGGACAAGGACCGCCCGACGACCGAUGCGGUGAUCGUCAAUACACUCCCGCAUGGCUUGUACACCCCCUUCUCCCCGUUCCAACCGCUUCACCCCAUCAUGCCGGGCCUGAUGAUUUCCAUCAUUGACCCCCAGUACCGCCACCUGCUCAAGCACGACAAGGAGGGGAAGCCCAAGUGGAACGAGGUGCCCGAGAUCGCGAGGGUCAGCGUGCGGUGUCUCAAGACGCCGGGGCACACGCAGGACUCGGUCAGUCUCGUGAUGUGCGAAGGGGAGAAGGGGGUCUUUACGGGCGAUACGGUGCUCGGAGAGGGGACUACGAUCUUUACCGAUCUCAGCGCCUACAUGCUCUCCCUCAAGACCCUGCUCGCUAUCAAGCCGCAGACCCUAUACCCCGGCCACGGCCCCCACUUUUCCGGUCCCGAAGCCUCCACCGCCCAGAUCGAGGCGUACAUCGCGCACCGGCAGCAGAGGGAAGAGCAAAUCCUCGCUCUCCUCCUCUCGCUCGCUACCGAUCCCUCUGGCCCUACUGGCCUGCAAGGGCGCGAGAAGGAGGCGGAAGCCAAGGUGAAAGACGCCAAAGCCAAGGGAGACGACAUGCCGGCGCGCGCGAGUACCCCGCCGCCCCGGAAGAAGCAGGACGAGGUGGAGCAUGCUGAUCCGCGCGACGAGGGCGUGGAUCGCCGGCAUGAAAAGUUUGAAGGGUCCGCGGUGGGGCUGCAGCUCCUCACGCGGUUGAUGUACGACACGACCAGUGAGAAGCUCAUCUACGCGGCGCAGAGGCCGGUGUUGGCCCAUCUGGAGAAGCUGGAGAAGGAGGGCAAGGUCAGGCGGGUGACGGUGCAGUUGCCGAGUAUUGUGGAAAUGGUGGUGAGUGACGAAAAGGAGGCGGUGGAGGGGUGGGAGAUUGUUCAGGGGGAGGAUCAGUAG